CAGCAGUCAAGCGAACAUCCAACGGGGUCGAGCAAAAGGAAACGAAACCUUGCGCACCUUGCAACAUCCUCCAUUUUGUGUGUGAGCACUUACCUAUCUCACUUAUCUAGUUGCCAGCGCACACACCACCACCACCGCGAGGCCCUGCCCCAUGGAUUGCCAGCCAACCUUCUAGUCGUCCCGUCCGUGAGUGGGGCUAAGCUAGACCCGUGGAAAACGCCGCCUCAUGUGUGGCUACUACCACCUGCAGACACACCUCGCAGCUCGCAUCGACAAGCCUGGCGCGAGCCUGGUAGAUCUUCGGCUGCCAAUGUCUCUGCAGAACAACAAGAUGUGCGCUACUAAGGGGGGCCGUUUACACGAGCGGCGGCAACAAGACCGACGGCGUCUUACAGGUCAGCGUGGACUGCCUACCACAUGGAACACUGCAAGCCAAAGGGGGGCCCGCCGGAGACGCCAAUGCCGCCGCCAUCGCCAACUAUCUACGCCAAGGGGCGGUCAAGUGGCCCCCGCUACCCAUGGCGCGACCCUCAGCCUCCUCAUCGUGCCGUCUCAUGGGUGGCCCUAUCGUGAGCCUCUGCUUGGCUGCCACGCGAGCCAUCAGCGCAGUCUCCGGCCUCCGUGUGCCCGCGGGGAAAGAGGGGCGCGAUGCACGUCCUUGUGGGUUUCCAAGGUGAGGAAUCGGGUUCUUCCAGACGGGCCACCUGUGGAUAUGCCACCUCUCCAUCGUGGACGUUGUUGGUGGGUGGAGCAUGGGUUGAGAGAAUUGAGACGGAUGGCAAGGCCCCCAGCCCACGCACGUCCUUUGGAAUCGGUGCUCGUCGCGUGAUGGCGCGACGCACCACCAAGUAGCAUCACAUACAAUG